AGUUAGAUCCGCAACGGGUUUGAAACGUGCGGACGAAUACACCAUUUGGGAAUGUGCGCGACGGGCAGAGUAGCCAUUUUGAGAUGAUAUCGCUGUUGAGAAAUCCCGUGAAGAUGCUGAAAUCAACGAACAUGGUUACAACACAGAUUGUUUCUCCCUCCGUUUCCUCACUUCUUUCACCAUGGCAGCUGUCAACCGACGGGACAUUAGCAAAGCGGGGUAUCGAGCUGUGCUCACAGAGUUAAAACGUCAUUGGUAUGAAAGAGGAGAAUGUCUGUACACUGUCUCAGUCGAGACAUGAAACACCGUGAGUUUUUUGUUUUCCUGCAGUCUGAACAUCUUCCAGCAUCUGUCACAACACAACGCCUCAUUGACUGCUUGAGUUAAUUCACUCUUGUACUGGACAGAGAUUUGAUUUCCAAUGGCCUCUGUGAGCCUUGUUUCCAGUCCCCCAGCCUCUGUUUUUGACAAAAACAUGACAGACUCUGAGCUGGCAGGGGACGAAAGAGAGGAUGGAGAGUUGGAAGAUGGAGAAAUAGACGAUGAAGGAAUCGGGAUAGAGGACGAAAACAAAGAGUCCACAGAGGUGACUGAAGACAAAGAAAAGCCAAAGGAGAAGGAAUGGGACAAAACAAAAGAAAAAGAAGACAAGUCUCACAGGCACUCAAGGAAACGCUACAAAAAGACCAGAGAGAAGAGAAGGUCGAAAAGGAGGCGACGGGACAGACAAAAACAUCACUCAUCUUCAAGCAGCUCCAGUUCUGACAGCUACGACUCAGAUUACGACCGUCCCGAGAGACCCAAAAACAGACCGAGUCAUGGAUCCGGACGUGAGUGUGACAUCCAGAAUACUCAGCAUGGAAGAGACCAGAAAGCGUCACGCGGCAGCAUGCACAAGUCGCCGCCUCACAAAAGCUGCAAUUUUGACAAAUACAGCGAUUACAGCGACAACUACGAAGAUGAGGAGGAUCAUUAUGACGAUGAGUCAGAGUACACCAAGUCUAAAGAUUCAACAUCUGGCCCGGGGAAGGGCCGCUAUGCGAAGGAGCAGAUGGGGAAGAGGGGGAACAUGAGGGGCAUGAAACACCAAUUUGGGCAGAGAGGAAGAGGCAGAGGGAAUGGACCUGGAAGAGUUCGAGGGAUGCUCAAUAAACACAAGAAGAUGAGGGGGGGGAAACCCUGGAUGGGACGCGGAGGACGAGGCAGAGGGGUUGACCAGGAUAUGGAAGAUACGGCUCCUGAUGUCAAAAAUUGCGGCUUUCAGAAGAAGCGACUGAUUAUGAGCAAGGAAUUUAUCAGUCAACACACAGUGGAACAUAAUGGAAGAUACAUUUGCAAGUACUUUCUGGAGGGUCGCUGCAUCAAGGGAGAGCAGUGCAAGUUUGAGCAUGAGUUGGUCAUUCCAGAUAAGAAGAAGGAACUUUGUAAGUUCUACCUCCAGGGAUACUGCAGCAAAGGAGACCAUUGCAUUUACAUGCACAGUGAAUAUCCUUGCAAGUUCUUUCACACAGGAGCCAAAUGUUAUCAAGGGGACAACUGCAAAUUUUCCCAUGAUGCUCUGACUGAUGUGACGAAAGAAUUGCUCGAUAAGAUCAUUAAUACCGAGGAGGAGAAUGCCCGUGAGGAUGAGUUGGAGCUUGAGGACCUGAGAAAACAGGGCAUCGCCCCUCUUCCCAAGCCGCCUCCAGGCGUGGGCUUGCUCCCCACGCCGGGUCAGAGCAGCCCAACAGAUGAGUCUUCUCAGGGAGGCAAGAUUCCCUCCCUCUUCGAAAUCAAGGUUCAACCCACAGUUGACCUAGCACAGAAAAUUGCCUUUCAUGAGUCCAACCCCCAGGAUCCCAGUGAAUGCACUGACCAGAUUAGUGGUGGAUCGGAAGAAACACAAAGUGGAGCUUUGGUGUCUUCAGCCUCUGACGCUACCACAGUCCCAUCCUUAGGGUCGCCAAGUUCUGGGGGUUACCCAACAGGACCAUCCAUGAGCACCCAAAGCCCUCCUGGACAGCAGCUGCCGCAUGGAUACCCAUUGCAGCAGCCGAUUCUACCUGGUCAGCAGCCGGUGUUUCGUGGAAAUAUAAACCAUCAGAUGAAUAUGCAGAGACCUCCAUUCCCUGCAGUACCAGAACUACAGAUGCCGCAGAACAUUUUCCCAUUUCCAUCGAUGGGCCAGAACCCACUAGAACUCCUCAGCAACUUGCUCCAAAACCAGCCAGUGGGCCAUCACGUGGAACCUGGAAUGAACCAGGUCCAGAACCUACAGCAGCAGAUAGGUCCAGAUCUCCAGUUGCAGUCUUUACCUUCGGCGGUGCAGAAAGCCAUCAUUUUACACCUGACUCAGCACCAGCCAGAGUCAAAGCCACAUGAGAGCGAGCCACAAAUAGGAGAGAGUCAAGAUGAUAAGAAUACGAACAGAGAUGAAACAACAAACUGGUAUUCCAGCGACGAAGAGGGCGGGAGUAGUGUCACGUCCAUCCUAAAAUGUUUAAAGAGGCAGAGUGAGAUGCAGCAGUCCAAGACCCCAACACCGGCCCCUGCAACACCUCUGGGUGACCCUCGGCUUGUCAAGGACAGAACUCAACCUAGUGACCCUCGUGUGAAGGUGCAGAGACCUUCUGAUAUGAAAAAGGACUCUGAUGUAGGUUUGGGUCCAAGACUGUCCAGGGACCCCAGGAAACCAAGACCUAUGGAGUCGACCACCUACCGCCAGCAAAACCAGCCGACUGUCCCAAAAAAGGCCACUGGAGAUGAGGAUGAUGAAGGGGAGAGGGAACUCCGAGACAGAGCAGUCCUCAUCCCAUUGGAGGCCAGUCCAGGCGUGGUGCUGCGGGACCCUCGCUGCCAGCUGAAACAGUUCAGCCAUAUUCGAGUGGACAUACUGCUUCAACGUCCGGCCUUCGCCCAAACGGUGAUCUGGGCCCCUGAAGACCUGAUUCCUUCUCUGAUACCCAAACAGGAGCAUUCCAUCAAUCUACCCCUGCCACCUCUAAUCGCUGAUGCUCAGAUGAACAAAACAAGCGUGUCAGACCACCCCCCUGCUUCCAGUCCGCCACCAACUGACCCUAGAUUGGCGGCUGCUCGUUUGAAGGAGCGUCUCGCUCGUCUGCCAUCCGGAUCCUCAACGGAGAGACCUGUUGAUCCACGUCAGCAAAAGAAUUUAGACCCCAGAAUCAGGCGUACGGGAAGUCUGGACUCCAAGCUGCUGGGUCAGAAAGAAGCUACUGGAGGAAUUGUGGAACCCAGGUUACAAAAGCCCAGUGCUUGCUCCUCCCUCGCGGAGAGGCUGCCACCCUACGCACCACGCCUGGCUUCAUCUGGGGGGGUCCUGGAAAGCCCCACAGCAAUCCUUGGAGGCAUCAGUCUGUACGACCCCCGCAAUCAGACUGAGCCAUUUCAGAAGGAUCAGGCAGAGCCUCCGAAAAAAGCCGGCAUUCUCAAACAUCCAGUGAAGAAAGACGGUCCUCCAACACAACCCGACUCCCCAAGUCAAGGCCGCGUCUCUUUGGAUGAGACGAAAACCACAGACGCUGCCUCUGAUCACGACAGUCUACACCCACCUCCCCAGGAUUCGAUCAUCACCCCCUACGCAGUGCAUAAUCUGCCCAUGCAGGCUCUUGCAGGCUUGAUCCGACCCCAAUACACUGAUGGCAGGCAGGCCAAACUGGCAGGAUCAGGUUCUGCAGGGGCACUCGAUGAUGCAGAGGAAGAGAAGGAGCAGAAAGAAGUUCCUGUGGAAGCACCAAAGCAGCUCAAUGAGGAGGAGCUCGAAGACAGGACUCUCAAAGAAGUCUUCAAGACCUUUGAUCCCACCGCUUCUCCUUUCUCCCAGUAAACUGCAUUGAAUUGUUAUAUUGGCGACACAUGCCAAUCAUUACUAAGCUAUAAAUGUCUUUGUAUAUUUACAUGUGCAUUCACUUUAUACACAGUCAUAAGUGGAUGGUUUGGAAUUGAGCAUGUUCAUGUCUUUUUGGUUUAGUUGUUCAUUUGGCCAAAAAAAAAAAAA